AUGCUCGAAUCUGAUGAGCAUGAUGACUCGGCUCCAACUCCCUUGAUAUUCCCUGACCCAGCUCCCAUGGAUCUAAGUCCGCAUGUGGUACAACAAUGCAGUACCCUUAUGCCGCAAAGACCAGUGACUGGUAUUCCUGUCAUUCAUGCAAUGCAACGUCACUAG